ACACACACACACACACACACACACACACACACACACACACACACGCAUAUAAACAAAAGCGAAGGAAAGUGAAGUGAAGAAGCAGCAUCCCAUUGGUCACCUCUCCUCAUCUCCACAAGUCUCGUUCUUCAUGCCAGUGACAGAGUGUGGAGGCGCCUAGCCGCCGAGGAGGUCACGGAGGGGGAAGAGGAGGGCCGGAGCGCCUUCCCCCACGCGCCGCGCCCCCGCACCACGCCGAGGACAGUUUUCACACUCGGUCGGUGAAAGGACGCCUUGCUCGGCCUCUCAGAACUCAGGUGAAGCGAGGCCACCACCACCACCACCGCCGCCGCCGCCGCUGUUCCUCCCUGCCGCACCGCCACCGUCGCAUCUGCUGUGGGCGGGGCAGCGGAAGCGCCCUUAAAGAAGAUGAGCCUGACACCGGAGUGGCGACCCGCCCCCCCGCCGCAGCUGGACUGGGAGGAGGAGCGGAAGCGGAGGAACGCUAAAACCCGCGCCCUUCUGGCCUCGUAUGUCGCCCACGACCUGCAGCUGGAGGAGUACUCGAAGGACCUGGACUGGUGGCGGGAGAAACACCGGAGGGCCGUGGAGGAACUGGUCAACGUGAACCGAGCCGCCGUGCAAGCACUGAGCCGCGAGGACGACCUGGUGACGGAGACGAGGACGAGACUCUAUUGGGAGAUACAGAGGCUGAGGACGAGGCUGGACGCGAUGGAGGCGUUCAGCGACCUGGAGGAGAAGGAGGACGAGCUGGCGGAGGCGGAGCUGGUCCCUCUCCACGCGCCGCCCCGCCACCAGCGAGACCUGGACCUCGUCAACGCCUCCUCCAAGGUGAGGCGCGCCAACAAACUGGCGCUGGAGGCCAUUAGCCGCGAUGCCACAGGUGUGCUGUCCACCCUCCUCUCACCUGAGCGGCCCUCCAGGAGGCACCGGCGCAGCACCAAUUCCCCCUCCUUGCCCUUCCACCCGCCGAGGUCUCUAAUCCUGGGACACACCGCCGAUAUAAAGGCGGAGCAACUUACCUUCAUGACGAGCGCGGUGCGGGAGGCCGUGAUGGCGGGGCGAGUCUACGCCGUGCAGACCAGAUCCAUCGGCGGCGGGAAGGAGAAGGUGCGGAGCGGGAGGAUCAUCAUGGACCGGGGCAACCUCCACCUCCACUGCCUCGUCGAGAAGCCUCCGCCGCCCGGCUCCGUCACCGUCGAGCACAGGGAGAUCCUUCAUGAGCUCAUCGACCGGGAGUGCACGUUGGCCUUCUUGGAUGUGGAGGACAAGUCGACUGCGCUAAGAGGUCGAGUGUACAUCCGCCUCGCCCCCGACACAGGCCGCGCGAGGCAGUUUACGUGGCUUUGCACAGGCCAGCGCGGCGUCAGCUACACCGACUCAGCGAUCCUCGGCGUCUUAGACAAGGGAGGGACGAGGGAGCGCCUGGUCGGAGGGGACUAUGAGGGCCGAAGAGGGGCGGGGGGCGCGUCCCUCAUCCCGUGGCUCGGCUGGGGGAGGGAGUACCGUAGGGAGUGGGAGGCUGGGGUGGUGCGGGGGUGGUGGGGCGGCAUGCAUCGGGCAGCACAGUUCUUCAUUACCACGCAGAAGGGCUUUCCAGGUGAGACGGUGCACUUCGCGUUCGGCCAGGUGGAGUACGGGUUGGAGGUGGUGCGCGAGGUGGCGAAGCUGCCCAACCCCUCUGAGGCUAAGGUGGUGGAUUGUGGCGUGGUGGUGGUGGAGGAGAUGGAGAGGGCCGCUGCGGGGGGUUACCAGCAGGACAAAAUGUGAGAACUGGGGGAGUAAUGCAUCUCUCUCUCUCUCUCUCUCUCUCUCUCUCUCUCUCUCUCUCUCUCUCUCUCUCUCUCUCUCUCUCUCUCUCUCUCUCUCUCUCUCUCACUUAUGUCAUCUUUCUUAUCUCUAUUUAUCUCUUUGUCUGUAUUUGUCCGUAUCCGUCUGUCUGUCUAUUAGUAUCCUCCAAAUAUUCCCAGCUUCCCUUGACAUUCCGUAUUUCAUUCCACCUUUCCUGCCCUUCCUCCCCUUCCUCCCCACUCCCGUCCUCUAUCCUCUCCUCCAUCCAUCCAAGUCUUUAUUAAGCCGUCCCUAUCUCUCGCCCUUCCCUUCCUCCUUCAUUACUUAAAACCAUACCACUCCGUCCUCCUCUUCCUCUUCUUCUACGUGUCCAUUCUCCUCCCUCGGCCAGACUUGUAUUUCCACGACCGUUUUUUGGGGUAUUCCUGAAAAUUAGACAUUCAUACUUAUGAAAAAAAUAACAUUGGACGCACCACGAAAUAAAUGUUUAUGGAACCGAGGGGAAAAAAAAAACAUUGUGGGUAGAAUUCCUUUAUUUUUUGUUCCCUGACCUGUGUAUGUAUUCUUUAUCCUGUGUGAUAUUCUUUUUUUUUAGUAAUAAAACGAAAUAUACUGAUGA